AUGGGUGCCAUUGAGGAACAAGUGAAGCGUUUGAACGAUGUCGUGGCCAGCCUCGAGGACCGUAUCAAGGGCCUCGAGCAGCGCAAGUUCGGCGAGGUGGCGGCGCCCAAGAAGGAUAUUCGCAUGAUUCUUAUCGGCCCCCCCGGUGCUGGCAAGGGCACUCAGGCACCGAAGAUCAAGGAGAAGUUUGGCUGCUGCCACCUGGCCACCGGUGAUAUGCUGCGCUCGCAGGUCGCGAAGAAGACGCCGCUUGGCCGGGAGGCUAAGAAGAUCAUGGACCAGGGUGGCCUUGUCAGCGACGACAUUGUCAUUGGCAUGAUCAAGGAGGAGCUAAACACAAACCCGGAGUGCAAGGGCGGCUUCAUUCUGGACGGCUUCCCGCGCACCGUUCCCCAGGCUGAGGGCCUCGACAGCAUGCUCAAGGAGCGCAACCAGACGCUGCAACACGCCGUCGAGCUGCAGAUCGACGACUCGCUGCUGGUCGCCCGCAUCACCGGCCGCCUCGUCCACCCGGCGUCUGGCCGCAGCUACCACAAGCUGUUUAACCCGCCCAAGAAGGAGAUGACUGACGAUAUCACCGGUGAGCCGCUGGUCCAGCGCUCCGACGACAACGCCGACGCCCUCAAGAAGCGCCUGUCCACCUACCACGUGCAGACGGCCCCCGUUGUUGAUUACUACCGCAAGACGGGCAUUUGGAGCGCCAUCGACGCCUCGCAGAAGCCGGGCCAGGUGUGGAGCACUCUGCUCAAGAUCUUCGACGGCGAUGCCAAGAAGGCCAGCUCGUCGGGCAGCGGCAUCCUCAGCAAGCUGAGUGCCAGCAGCUAA